AUGUCAAGACCGGAGAUCGUAUGGGAAAGCACGUGGAAAUACAUGACAGAUGAUUUCAUCUACAGAUAUAGUAAACUACAUCGUGUUGAAGGUUUAUCAAUUCCAGACGAUGAACUUAAAAAUUACGCUUUGUUGGAAAUUGAAAAGUUUUUAGGUAUGAAUAGCUCAUCGCUACGCAACUUCUCAACAAUGCCUUUUCCAGAUUCUUCUUCCUUAUCUGAUCUCGACAAUCGUCUGAUUAACGAGGAGCGUACUUACGACGUAUUAAGUCUCGCAGAGGAAUAUGUUAAUCUGUUUAAUAUGUUAACUGAAGAACAAAGGUCAGUGUUUGAAGAGAUAAUGAAAUCUGUUGAUGGUAACACUGGAGGGAUGUUUUUUGUUUACGGUUACGGGGGCACCGGGAAAACCUUUUUAUGGAAGACGUUGUCUGCUGCACUUCGGUCAAAAAGAGAAAUUGUAUUAAAUGUUGCUUCGAGUGGAAUUGCAUCGCUGUUAUUGACAGGCGGCAGGACUGCACACUCCAGAUUUCGUAUUCCUUUGAAUCUUAAUGAGGAUUCGGUAUGUCAUAUAAAAGCUGAUAGUGAUGUUGCUAAAUUGUUGCAUCAGACCAAACUUAUUAUAUGGGAUGAAGCACCUAUGGUCCAUAAACAUGCGUUUGAAGCCUUGAACCGCACGAUGAAUGACAUCUUCAAUUUCGACACUUCGAGAAAUUCUGAAACCUCUUUCGGUGGUAAGGUUAUUGUUUUUGGUGGAGAUUUUAGACAAGUACUUCCCGUUGUUCGAAAUGGUGGAAGACAAGAGACGGUGAACGCAUCAUUAAGUUCGUCAUCUCCAUCCGAGAUUGAGGAAAUAAAUAGUUUUGCAAAGUGGCUUUUGGACAUAGGAGAGGGAAAUGUUGGUGGUCCUAAUGAUGGAGAAGCAACAAUUGAAGUUCCUAAUUAUUUUAGUGAUAGGGCUAUACUUGCGCCGAAGAACAAGGUUGUCAACGAGAUUAACGAUAGGCUGUUAGCGUUGUUUCCCGGUGAAGAAAGAGAGUAUCUAAGCUCUGACCGUCUUUGUGCAACUGAAAAUGUAAGUUCAAUACAAGAAAGAUUAUACACACCGGAUGUUCUCAAUGGUCUUAAGGUUUCAGGCUUACCGAAUCAUCGGUUAGUGCUAAAAGUUGGUGUCCCAGUCAUGUUGUUACGUAACAUUGAUCAAAAAAAUGGUUUGUGCAAUGGAACAAGGUUGAAGGUUACAAAGUUGUAUAACCGUUUAAUAGAGGCUGAAAUAAUAUCUGGAGCUAACAUUGGUACUCGAACCUAUAUUCCCAGAAUUACUUUAGUACCUUCAGACAAGAAGAUUCCCUUUUCAUUUCAAAGAAGGCAAUUUCCGGUUGUUGUUUGCUUUGCUAUGACUAUCAAUAAAAGCCAAGGUCAAUCACUUUCUAGAGUUGGUCUGUACCUAAGACAACCGGUUUUCACCCACGGUCAGUUGUAUGUCGCGUUAUCGAGAGUUAGAACAAGAGACGGUGUUAAAAUGCUAAUACUGGACAAAGAUGGGAAGCCUACAAAUAAAACAACUAAUGUUGUGUAUAAAGAAAUAUUCAACGACUUAUGAUUUUUCAUUAUUACUUAAUAUGUAUAAUUUCAACAUGAAUAUUUACUGAAUGUUAAUUUUUUUAAUAAACGAUUUGAAAAUAAUAACAUUUUUUUGGCAUUUGUUGUCUUAUUACUCCUGUUAUUUGCAUUAAUUUUAAUUUUUGUUUAUAUAUACACAUAUAUAAAUAUAUAUCGUGAAAACCUUAUU